AUGCGAAGAAACCUUGUCGACCUUGAAAAUGGUACUGAAAGAAGAACUAUGUCAACAGCACGUGCCAUCUACACACAUACUUCAUAUAAUAUCACGUUACCUUCUGGCUCUGGUAAUGGAUGGCUGUUGGCUAUGGCUAUACUGAAAAUUAUUUUAAUGAAUUAUUUGUAUAUCAGCCAAGCCGGUGUAAACCAACUUGGUGGUGUCUUUGUCAAUGGUCGACCACUUCCAGACUGUGUUCGACGCCGUAUUGUUGAAUUAGCAUUAAUGGGUGUACGACCGUGUGAUAUAUCACGUCAAUUACUUGUAUCACAUGGUUGUGUUUCAAAAAUUUUAACACGAUUUUAUGAGACUGGAUCAAUUCGACCAGGGUCAAUUGGCGGCAGUAAAACAAAGCAAGUUGCAACACCAACAGUUGUCAAGAAAAUAUUACGUUUCAAACAAGAGAAUCCCGGUAUGUUUGCAUGGGAGAUACGUGAUCAAUUAUUAGCACAAAGAAUAUGUGAUCCAAAUAGUAUACCAUCCGUUAGUUCUGUUAAUCGAAUUUUAAGAAAUAGUGGUGCAUGGACUGAAGCUGAUCUAAUGCCGAGCAAUCAUCAUUCACAAUCAUCAAAUCAUAAUGGAUUGCCAACAUCACAUCAUUCGCAUCAUCAUCACCACCAUUUAAAUAAUUCAUCACUUACAAAUGGACAUCAUAUUCACACAUCUAUGGCAGAUUCGACCGCAUAUCCAAUAAAGCCUUUAUCUACAUCGUUAACCAGUGGUGUAACAAGGAUGAAUACAUUGUUUCCGGCACAUAUAUCACCAAUGCAGAUACCACCAGUAACAACCAUAUCAGAACCAUCACCUGCACAUAGUUUUACAAGUAGUCGUAUUGCUGCGUUACAACAUCAAUUACAUAUUGCUACAUCCACACCAAUUCCAUCAAAAUCAUCACCAUGGUCUGGACUUAUAUUACCGUGUCGACCACCACCAACUUAUUUAGCAUAUCCUUCAGAUUUAACAACACAACGCUUAUCACUUAUUGAAUCAUCACCAUCAUCAACAUCAUCAAUCAGUAAUCAUCAUCAUCAUCAACACAGUACCCCCACCACACAAUCAGCAAAUAGUAUAUUCGGUAAACAUCAUCAAACCUCUCUAACCUCCCUAUCAAUCAACAAUAACAAUGAGAAUACAUCAAGCAUAACAAGUGAUGAUUCCAAUUCCGAAAAAAGUGACAUUGAUGAAAUUGUGAUAAGUGAUUCAUCUGUGAAAUCAUCAUCAGAUGAACAUCCACAUCAUCGUUCUCCAGCAGCUCAACAACAACAAGUUGAAAAGAAGAAGAAUCCUCAUAACAGUUGUGAAUCAACAACAACAAUUGACAAUUCAACAAACAAUCUUGUCACUCGCCAUAUUUCAGAAAGUUCUAGUAGUACCGUGUCAUCAGUAUAA